CGGAAGCCGGAAACGGGCGGGCACGGUUGAAGCGAAGUCGCUGUAAGCUGCGGCUGAGGGCCGGGUGGAGCCUACGAUGGCGGAGAAGUUUGACCACCUGGAGGAGCACCUGGAGAAAUUCGUGGAGAACAUUCGGCAGCUCGGCAUCAUCGUCAGCGACUUCCAGCCCAGCAGCCAGGCGGGGCUCAGCCAGAAGCUGAACUUCCUUGUUACGGGCUUACAGGACAUUGACAAGUGCAGACAGCAGCUGCAUGAUAUCACAGUGCCUCUAGAAGUUUUUGAAUACAUUGAUCAAGGUCGAAAUCCCCAGCUUUACACCAAAGAGUGCCUAGAGAGGGCUCUAGCUAAAAAUGAGCAAGUUAAGGGGAAGAUUGACACAAUGAAGAAAUUUAAAAGCCUGCUUAUUCAGGAACUCUCUAAAGUGUUUCCAGAAGACAUGGCCAAGUACAGGAGCAUUCGGGGAGAAGAUCACCCACCUUCCUAAGUGUGUGAAGAUCCCCACAUUUUUACAGUUGCCGGGACUGAUCCAGUGAGAAGCUGUGCCUGCCAAUGCUGCCUUCCAACCACAUGAACUGGCCUUGUCCCUACCUCCCUUUUCCAUCAUUUGACCUUGGGACUCGGGCUGGAGGAGGAGAGCUGUACCCAGCUGUCCUUGCAGCUCUUAGACCUCCUUUCUCUAGGGAAAGCAGGCAGAAGGACAGCCUUGCUGACAUGUGAAAUGUGCUCGGGAUUCUACUUGACAGUUUCUUUUUAUGUACUCUCCGUUCUGUUACACUACCCAUAAGAGAAAACUUGGUUUUAUAUUUUGCAAUUUUAGAUGUUCUGGUAAAAACAUAAUUGUUUUCAUGGGUUUCAUCUAGACAUAAUAAAGUGUCAAGUUUUA